CGAGAGGCCCGGGAGGAGAAGAGGGAGGCAGCUUGUCAGAGAGGGACGGGACGGGACGGGACGGGACGGGACGGGACGGGACCGGACCCAGUGCUCCGCGGGCCAUGCGCCUCCUGGCCACGGCGCUGGCCGCCCUGCUGGCCACGGCCCCGGCCCCAGAUGCUUGUGAGGCUUUAAAUGUAACAGUCUCUCCUGGACCAACAGUGCGAUACUUCGAGGGAGAUAAUGCUACUCUUUACUGCCACAUUUCUCAAAAGAGAAAGACAGACAAUUUGUUGGCUGUGCGGUGGGUCUUCGCUGCAUCACCUACCCAGGAGCAUCUGAUGAUCAAAAUGACCAAGUUUGGAUCUGUCCAGUAUUAUGGAAAUUAUACUCAUCAUUUCCACAAGCAAAGACUUCAUCUUCUUAAGGAGAAACAUGGAACUAUGUACAAAUUUCUUAUUUUAAGUCUCCAGCAAACAGAUCAAGGACGUUAUAUAUGUAAAGUCCAGGAAAUUGGCAAACACAGGAAUAAGUGGACAGCAUGGUCAAAUGGCACAGCAGCUACUGAAAUAAGAGUGAUUUCAUCAAAAUCUUCUGAUCAUCCCAUUUUCAAGACAAAUCAUGAAGCUUGGAAAUUUUUUGAAGACCUAUAUGUGUAUGCAGUGUUUGUGUGUUCCAUAGGAAUCAUCAGCGUCCUCCUUUUUACACUUGUCAUUCUCUGUCAGUCACUUCUGAACAAGAGGAGAUCCACAGUGAAGCAUUACCUCGUGAAAUGCCCCCAGAACAGAUCACAAUCCAGGUUAUUGGGCAGGGAUUCUCACAAGUGGAAGGUGGUGUGUUUGCAUGAACUCACUAGGGCAAACCAUCUUUGCCUCCAUUGCCUUCAUUUUCCCCCCACUUAUGAGCCUGUGCUUUGCAGUUCCGGGGAAACAGUUACCAGUGUGACAAGCCUGUCUCCUCUACAGCCUAAGAAGGUAAAGAAAAAGAAAGAGAAAGAGAAACUGGAGCAGCCACCAGCCAUUCCAGCAAAAGCUCCAAUUGCCAAUAAUUUCCCUAAGCCCAAGCUCUUGAAACCUCAAAGAAAACUGAUCCUGGCACCACUUAUAAAUUUUAUCGUGACAUUUGCAAAGCCAGCUCAGAGAUCUGAAUUCUCAUGUUUUUACAGAUGUAACAGGAAUGCCAAAAAUCGCAGAGGAGAAUUUAACAUAUGCUGAACUUGAACUUAUGAAGCCAAUUCAGGAAGCCAAAGGCAUUCCCAGUACGACAGUCUACGCACAGAUACUCUUUGAGGAGAACAAGCUGUAAUAGUUCAUGCCUGUAUAAAUGUCUCAUGUCUGUGUUCUAUUUAAUUCUUGCUGUACUGUUUAUUUAUAAAAAUCAUACAGAUGUCCUUAUUUUUUUAUUUCCAUUCAUGCACUUCUAUUUUUCUGUGAGACUUCUAAACACCAUGUAGUUGAAAGUAAUCAUAGAAAAAGCAGCUGGUCUACAAGUGAUACCCUUUGUAGAGUUCUAUACCCCUGUUGUAAAUGAACUAAGUUCCACUUGGGGCAUUUUUCACACUAAACAUUAUUCCUUCUUUAAUGUUAAUGGGAAGAGUCCAGCUGCAAACAUCAACAUCUUAACAAGCCUCAGGAGGACUAGUGGCAGGAUCCGUGCCCAUCAGCCUGCUGCUGAAGGCAAAGACCACUGGCUAGGAAAAUGGCCACUUUAAUGCAUUUUAUCCCAUCAGAAAAUAUUAACUCAGUAAAGCUGAGACUUUUUUCUACAGCAAAGGAAAAGCUUAAAUUACUUUUUCAGCUUUUUUCCCCCCCUCCAGAAAUAGUUAAAAAGGUUUGUCUUCUAUGUUUUCAAAUUCCAUUCCUAAAUGACAUUGUCUUUAAAAACUUAUGUUACUUUUAGUAAGGUGCUUGAAAUAAAAUAUUCAAAAAUAAUCCAAAGGAAUUACUUAUACUUAAACUGCAGUGAUUUAAGGAAGAAUAUUUAUAGCUUGGGAACAUUUUCCAGGAGCUGAUCUUUUUUAAUUCUGAUUGGGAAUAGGAAAAACAUGAUAGCGAGUAAAAGACUGGCAGAACCAGGACAUUGCUUUUGGUCUUGGUUUAGUUUGGUGCUACCAAACCUGCAAAAGGUUCCUCCUGUGGCCUGCAUUCCUGAGCUGCUGAUUUAGAGGAAAAAUCACAGAGUUUUUCCUUUAGUAUGGAGCAGAUUCUAUAACACCCUGCUGACUUUGGAGCUAUUUCUUUGGAAAGACCACAGCUCAUGAGAUAGGGAAAUGAGCCCAAUGUGAGGACACAAAGUUACCUUUCUCUUUCUUUACCUCUUCAUAACUGAGAAGGCAUUCUUCCUUUUCCUUUCAUACACAUUCAUGGAAAAAUGAGCUUCUUGGGCAUUUCAGUCAUGAAGCAUAGUUGGUCUGAUGUUUUCAAGCUCAUGUGUCUCCAGUGUCCAAAUUUCACCAAAGCUCCGGGAAAGUCUGAUACCUAACACCUUUCAGCCCUUGGGAAGCUUUAGCCCUCAAGUAACUGUUCAUGGAGUUCAUGGAGAGGUUAAAGCAUGGAUUCUUUAGCUCACCAUCAGGUCACGGAGAUCUGAUACUUGGCAUGUGCCAGGUCUUCUCCAGGUCUGGGGUGGAGCCCUGUGACAGGCCACUCAUUCAGCAGUAUUUUAUGUGGAAUUUGGAGUAGCACUUUCAGGCCUUGGGUUUUGGAAUCCUAACUAAGGUUGUCCAGGCUGCUUCCUCCCUUAUAGGUCAUGCAUUUUUAGUGAUAGCACAACUUCGCACCAGGGCUCAGAGCACAGCUGGGAAUCAUCACAGGAACACUCAUUCCCUUGUUCCUGUUACUGCAUGGGAGUGCAGGAGAGGAGGGCAGGGGCAACAAUGCAAGGAUGGGGACAUGCAACCAAGGGAGAAAGCACAUCACUGCCUUUUGUAGGGUUUCACCAAAAUAAGUGAGUUUAUGUAAACUGCUUUUUAACUGUUACGAACAGAGGAAGAGAUUAGGCAGCACACGUAAUCUGUUACUGCCUAGCCAGGAUCUGUAAACAUAAAAUGCAAUCCCCUGCUUCUGCAUUAGAUAAAAAUCUCUUCUAUGAAAAAGAAUUAAGAAAAGCUUUUAGGCUGAUCAUUAUGUACAGUACUAACUCCAGUUCUAGUCCUUCAUCGAAACAGUUCUUUCCAAACUAAGGCCAGCUUUUAUCAAUAGGUUUGCUAAUACUUAUUUGCAUUUUUAAUGUUUCCAUUUGUGAGCUGUCAAGAAAAUUAUUGUUUCACCUUUUCAUUAUCCCAGGAGUUAAUCGCCCCCCAAAAGGGCAUGGCAUCUUUCCUUGUUCUCUGAUUGGGUGCUGGACUUUUAGUGACAACAGCAAUCAACUCAUUGACCAAAACCAAACUGGUGCUAAAGAGUGAUCCAACAAUCAGGGAUCAGUUUUGGAACAGCCAGAGUUUGACUAACUAUUCAGAGAGGACAUCUCUUAUGCAUACAGCUGUUCAAAAGGCCUUUAAAAGGUAUAGAAUUUAUUAGUUGUUCCUUUGGAAUUAAAAAUAAAAUGCUAACACAUAAGUGAUUUAACCAUUUAGUUGUGAAAACUUUCAAGUUUGGCUAUAAACGUUCCUUUUACAUACAACUGGCCAUUGUGCCCAUUGUUCAGAAGAAUUCUCUACUGUAUAUUGAUGCCCAGCAUGUUAAUGAAUACCAUUCUUUAUGUAUUAAUAUCCUAUAUAUUCUUGUUUAUGUUUGAUAUCUAAUUCCCAAAAGUAAUAGUUAAUUGAGCUGAAUAAAUUACCCUUUUUUGUAAGAUA